AUGCUCUUCUUCGCCCUCUUCUGCCUCGGCGUCAUCAUCGACGACUACAACAGCGACGACGGCGCAUCGUGGCCGGAACCGGCGCGGCGGGCGAAAGUGCCGCUCGAGGCGCACAUCAUGUCCAAGUGCCCGGAUGCGAAGGACUGCUUGCAUGAUUUGAUCCUGCCUGCGAUGCAGAAUGUUUCGGACAUGGUGGAUUUCACGCUGUCUUAUGUUGGCGAAAGCACACCCUACGACGGCGUAAAAUGCAUGCACGGCCAAACGGAGUGCCUAGGCAACAUGAUCGAGCUCUGCGCCGCGCACCUCUACCCAGACCCCAAAAUCUACCUCGGCUUCACCAUGUGUCUGACGCGCGACUACGCCGAGAUUCCCAAGCGGGAACUCGUGCAGGACUGCGCGCUGGAGCACAGCAUUUCCAUGGAGGCGCUGAACGACUGCCUGAAUGCGGAGGAUGGCGGGAAGGCGGUGGAGAUGUUGCGGGAGAGCUUCAAUCGGACUGCGGAUGCCGGGGUGACGAAGAGUUGUACGGUGCGGUUGAAUGGGGAGAUUCGGUGUGUGCGGGAUGGGGGCAAGUGGAAGGAGUGUGAAGGGGGGCAUUCGCCGGAGGAGUUGGUGAGUGAGAUUCAGGAGUUGGCUGCUACUGGGUUGUGGAGCUGA